AUGGCCCAGCGCAUCACUACAGCUUUCUGGGGAAAAAUGAUCUAUAAGGGACCAAUACACCUAUAUCUAUCUAUCUAUCUAUCUAUCUAUCUAUCUAUCUAUCUUAUUCUCUUCAUAUCUAUAUAUCUAUCUCGAUCUUAUUCUCUUAUCUAUCUAUCUAUCUAUCUAUCUAUCUAUCUAUUUCAUUUAUGUCAUUCUUUCAUAUCUAUCUAUCUAUCUAUCUAUCUAUCUAUCUAUCUAUCUAUCUAUCUGUUUCAUUCUUUUCAUAUCUAUCUAUUUAAUUCUUUAUCUAUUUCAUUCUUUUCAUAUCUAUCUAUCUAUCUAUCUAUCUAUCUAUCUAUCUAUCUAUCUAUCUAUCUAUCUAUGUCAUUCUUUUCAUAUCUAUCUAUCUAUCUAUCUAUCUAUCUGUUUCAUUCUUUUCAUAUCUAUCUAUUUAAUUCUUUUAUAUCUAUUUCAUUCUUUUCAUUUAUCUAUCUAUCUAUUUUUAUCUAUCUAUCUAUCUAUCUAUCUAUCUAUCUGUUUCAUUCUUUUCAUAUCUAUCUAUUUAAUUCUUUUUAUAUCUAUCUUUUUCAUUCUUUUAAUAUCUAUCUUUUUCAUUCUUUUAAUAUCUAUCUAUCUAUUUUUUUCUUUCUGUAUUUCAUUCUGUAUAUAUAA